AGGGGAAGGGGUAUGUUGUUGGUUGAAGAAGCUUUGUACCUUAAAAGAACUUGGCUACUAUAUGUUGGUUCAGUUUCAUCAACGCAAUGAUUUUGUUUUUGAUUUAGUUUCUUUACCCAGUUAACGUUAGACAUAUACACCUUCUUUUGGUUGCUGUUAUUGUCGUUAUUAUCAUUGAAUGGCAGCCCAUCCUUGUGAGCAAAAUGGGUGAUGCAAAGAAGACUGGUUUUCCUGGAAGUUGUCCCUAGUUUGGUGCAAUUUUCAUGUCAAACAACGCUACAAGAGAGGAAUGUUUAAGAAGGAACAUUUUUGCCCUCCCAUCUUCGCAGUCACAUUUUGUGAAACAGGUUAAAGAUGGGAUGAUCCUAUUCCUGUUUGAAUUUGAGACGAGAGAACUGCAUGGUGUUUUUCAAGCAUGCUCUGAUGGUGCAAUGAAUAUUCUGCCUGGUGGAUUCAGUUUGUUAGGGAAGCAAUUCCCUGCACAGGUCAAAUUCACCCUUAAGUGGUACUGCCAUCCACUUUCUGAAAAUGAAUUUCGUGAUACUAUCAGAGAAAACUAUUUUUCCAAAACUAAGUUUAACUUUGGACUCUCUGAAGAUCAGGUUCGAAGGCUUCUAUCAUUGUUCAGUUUGAAGAGGAUGGAAAAUAAGGCACCUCCACGGUGGUUGACUGAAAGUAAAGUUGCAAGGAAAAGUUGGUACUCUACAAGUGAAAAUAGAAGACUAGUUGAUAAGUCUACAAUGAGAAACCAUGGAAAACUAGUUGACAAUAGAAAUCAAGUACCAAGUGAAUAUGGUGUUGACAACCAUCACGAACCAGAUAUUUCCACUAUUCACCGAGGGGACUGUUUCUAUAAUGAUGGCAGAUCAACUGAUGAUGGCAGAUUUGGAACAUGCACUGAUGUUGGGUAUGAGCAUAAAGCUAGUGCCUUCUUAAAUAAGUGUUUUCAGGAUCUUAUGUGUAAUGUUGGUGGGGACAUAGUUUCCGGUGAUAGGGUGGACACUGAAUGGAAAACUGGAAUUGACCUUCAACAAGCAGUUUCAGUUGGGUAUUCUUCAGGUAAUUUCAGAAGCAUUUCCAAUGAUGUUAGCUUUGCAGAGAGUGAUAGAAUUGAAACAAAAUGUUACAAGGGUGAUGGUUUUGCACCAACCAUCUCAACAGCACAUUCUAGUUCUUUUCAAUCUAAAGUUAAUCCACUGGUGUAUUCUAGCAAACAUGUUCUAGAAACAGAUUCAUUUGUGAAUGAUCCAACUAGGCCAUCUUCAAUGUUCCUUUCCUCAAUGGAGAUGCAAAACUCCAAUAUUAGUCAUCCGAUAAAUUUUGAAGAUCAAAGUGUUGCAAAUAGUAUUCCUUAUGAUCCCAAUGUCCCUACUAUGAAUUAUAGGGGCUCCUCAUCUUUGGGGUUUAAUCAGGGUUGUGCUUCAUUGCAAGAUGCUAGUCGUGAUAGUUUUGUUGGUCAUGCCAUUGGUACUUCCAAAAAUCAAUCAUUUCCUCCAUUGUUAGAGACUAGAAGGACUCCCAUAACCUCUGAUGUCAAUUCUGGUUCUAGGGACUUUGUUACAUUGCCUUAUUCUAAUUCAUAUGAACACUCCAGCAGGACUAUCCUGCAAAGGGCUGACUAUUUAGAUGACCUAGCAGCUGAAUACUCUAAAAUAGAAUGUUGUGGAGAUCUUUCCCUUCCAAAUCCCUCUUUAUCAACUGUUCAUCCUGAAAUUAGAAAUAAUGGCAGGAUUGGUGAGCAUUCAUCACCUUAUAGAACCAGAACUAGCAAGUUCCCUUCUCUUAGAUGUUCUGACAGGCAUCCUAUGCUAUUACAAGAUAGACAUGAUUUUCAACUGCAAGAGAGGGAUAGGUAUCCUACAUUAUUACAAGACAGACUUGAUUUUCAAGUGCAAGAGAGUGACAGGUAUCUUACGUCAUUACAAGACAUACGAUUUCCAACAGCAAGAGAGUGACAUGUAUCCUACAUUAUUACAAGACAGACAUGAUUUUCAAGUGCAAGAGAGUGAAAACGAAGCACAAUUUGGUUAUGAUGGUUUUAUGUUUAAAGAGUGCCAGCCCCAUAGUGAAUCUUUUAUUGAUAACAGCACAAUUGAGGAUGGAAGAUUGGCUAUAUACAGUAAGGCAGAAU